GGGCGAGCGCGGCGGAAGCCAGAGAUCGCGGGAGGGCCGGUGGCUGGCUCCGGGCGGGAGCCGGGGCGGCAGCGACAGCGAUCUCGGCGAGCCAGGCACAGGCGGCGGCGGCGGCGGCGGCAGCGGCGGCGGGGGCCCGUGUCCGUGCGCCCCGGCGGCCAACGGGCGCGGGCCGGCGCGAUGGAGCAGCAGCACGUGCGCCCCGCGCUCGGAGCCCGCAGCCCGGCCUGGGAGGAACCGGAACCAGAGAGGAUGGCUGGGGCGGGCAGCCAGCACCACCCUCCGGGAGUCGCGGCAGGAGCGGCUGCUGGGGCGGGCGCGGUUUCCCCCACCGCUGCGGGACCCGGAGAGGAUUCGUCCGACAGUGAAGCGGAGCAGGAGGGACCCCAGAAGCUGAUCCGCAAAGUGUCCACCUCUGGACAGAUCCGGACCAAGACCAGCAUUAAAGAAGGACAGCUGCUGAAGCAAACCAGCUCCUUCCAAAGGUGGAAAAAGAGAUACUUCAAACUUCGAGGCCGUACGCUUUAUUACGCAAAAGACUCAAAGUCCUUGAUAUUUGAUGAAGUUGACCUCUCAGAUGCCAGUGUCGCUGAAGCAAGUACGAAAAAUGUCAACAACAGCUUCACGAUAAUCACUCCAUUCAGAAGGCUGAUGCUAUGUGCUGAGAACAGGAAGGAGAUGGAAGAUUGGAUGAGCUCUCUGAAGUCAGUACAGAGCAGAGAACCCUAUGAGGUGGCUCAGUUUAAUGUGGAACAUUUCUCAGGGAUGCAUAACUGGUACGCCUGCUCCCAUGCCCGGCCUACCUUCUGUAAUGUGUGCAGAGAGAGCCUCUCCGGAGUUACCUCCCACGGCCUGUCCUGCGAAGUGUGUAAGUUCAAGGCUCACAAAAGAUGUGCGGUGAGGGCAACUAAUAACUGCAAAUGGACCACACUGGCCUCCAUCGGGAAGGAUAUCAUUGAGGACGAGGAUGGUGUCGCCAUGCCUCACCAAUGGCUUGAAGGCAACUUGCCCGUGAGUGCCAAGUGUGCAGUCUGUGACAAAACAUGUGGCAGUGUUCUCCGCCUGCAAGAUUGGAAAUGCCUCUGGUGUAAGACAAUGGUACACACUGCCUGCAAAGAUUUGUACCAUCCCGUCUGUCCACUUGGCCAGUGUAAAGUAUCUAUCAUACCUCCGAUUGCACUAAACAGCACAGAUUCUGAUGGUUUCUGUAGAGCAACGUUUUCGUUCUGUGUCAGCCCUCUCUUGGUGUUCGUCAAUUCUAAGAGUGGAGAUAACCAGGGAGUCAAGUUCCUGCGUCGCUUUAAGCAGCUGCUCAACCCGGCUCAGGUGUUUGAUUUAAUGAACGGAGGGCCUCACUUAGGCCUAAGGUUAUUUCAGAAGUUUGACAACUUCCGGAUUCUUGUCUGUGGAGGAGAUGGGAGUGUGGGCUGGGUCUUGUCGGAGAUUGACAAACUGAACUUGAACAAACAGUGCCAGGUGGGGGUAUUGCCUCUGGGUACCGGCAAUGACCUUGCUCGAGUUCUUGGCUGGGGAGGUUCGUAUGAUGAUGACACCCAACUUCCUCAGAUACUGGAGAAGCUGGAACGAGCCAGUACCAAGAUGCUGGACAGGUGGAGUAUAAUGACGUAUGAACUCAAAUUGCCAGCAAAGACGUCUCUCCUUCCUGAACCCACAGAAGCGUCCGAAGGAUUUUAUAUGACAAUUUAUGAAGACUCUGUUGCAAAUCACCUUACGAAAAUCCUCAAUUCUGAUGAACAUGCGGUGGUCAUAUCGUCUGCCAAGAUACUCUGUGAAACGGUGAGGGACUUCGUUGCCAAAGUGGAGAAGGCACAGGAGAAAACACUGGAAAAUACAGUAGUAGCUGAAGCCGUGGCCAGUAAAUGCUCAGUCCUCAAUGAGAAGCUUGAACAGCUGCUACAAGCCCUGCACGCAGACGCUCAGGCCAGUCGAGCUCCCCCGGGGGUUGGCCCUCCAAUUCCGGAAGAAGAUGUUGUGGAGUCAUCCAGUGAAGAGUCCUUGGGCGAAAGCAAGGACCAGCUCGUGAAUGACAUUGCAAAGCCCUCCUCCCAGAAAGCCGCGAAACCCAGGGAAAUAAUGCUGCGGGCCAACAGUCUAAAGAAAGCAGUGAGGCAAGUCAUUGAAGAAGCUGGAAAAGUUAUAGACGAGCAGACAGUUCAGCCCUGUGAAUCGAUUAGUCCGUCUUGUGACUAUGAUAACCCAGAAACAGAUGAAUCUAAGGACGAUGAUACGAAAGAUUCAUCAGCAGCCAAAUCCACAUCUCAAUCUCCUGAUGCCCAAGCAAGUCAUGGUCAUUUCCAAACUGAUUCUGUCACUGGUUCAGCUAUGGCUACCACCAAAGAAAAUCUCCCUGUGCUCAAUACCAGAAUCAUCUGCCCAGGUAGUUUAAGAGCAGGACUUGCUGCCUCCAUUGCCGGGAGUUCUAUCAUCAACAAAAUGUUACUGGCAAACAUCGACCCUUUUGGUGCAACUCCGUUUAUUGACCCAGACCCUGAUUCACUAGAUGGAUACUCAGAAAAGUGUGUCAUGAACAAUUACUUUGGGAUUGGAUUAGAUGCAAAAAUUUCAUUAGAAUUUAAUAAUAAGAGAGAAGAACACCCUGAAAAAUGCAGAAGCCGAACUAAAAACUUGAUGUGGUAUGGAGUCCUUGGGACCCGGGAGUUAUUACAGAGAUCAUACAAGAAUCUGGAACAAAGGGUUCAGCUUGAGUGUGAUGGGCAGUAUAUUCCUCUACCCAGUUUACAAGGCAUAGCGGUGUUGAACAUCCCUAGCUACGCCGGAGGCACCAACUUCUGGGGCGGAACCAAAGAGGAUGAUAUAUUUGCCGCACCGUCAUUUGAUGAUAAGAUUCUGGAAGUUGUUGCUGUGUUUGACAGUGUGCAGAUGGCGGUCUCAAGGGUCAUCAAACUUCAGCAUCACCGCAUAGCACAGUGCCGUACAGUCAAGAUCACUAUAUUUGGUGAUGAGGGAGUCCCGGUGCAGGUGGAUGGUGAAGCGUGGGUUCAGCCUCCAGGGAUCAUCAAAAUUGUGCACAAAAACAGAGCUCAGAUGCUAACCAGAGACAGAGCCUUUGAAAGCACUCUGAAGUCUUGGGAAGACAAGCAGAAGUGUGACUCCAGUAAGCCAGUUCUUCGAACCAACCUGUACAUCCAUCCCGCCGUUGACCUGGCAACAGAAGAGUUGUCGCAGAUGCGGCUCUGCUCCCAGGCUGCAGAGGAACUCAUUACCAGGAUUUGUGAUGCAGCCACGAUUCACUGUCUCCUGGAGCAGGAACUGGCUCAUGCAGUCAAUGCAUGCUCUCAUGCCCUCAACAAAGCCAACCCACGCUUCCCGGAGAGUCUUACAAGAGAUACUGCCACUGAAAUAGCCAUCAAUGUCAAGGCGCUCUAUAAUGAAACAGAGUCUUUGCUGGUUGGCAGGGUUCCUUUGCAGUUGGAAUCUCCCCAUGAAGAGCGGGUAUCCAGUGCCUUACACUCUGUGGAGGUGGAGCUGCAGAAGUUAACGGAGAUCCCCUGGCUUUAUUAUAUCCUCCGCUCCAAUGAGGAUGAGGAGCCUCCUAUGGACUGCACCAAAAGAAACAGCAGAAGCACAGUCUUUCGUAUAGUGCCAAAGUUUAAGAAGGAAAAGGCUCAGAAAUCGAAAACAAGUUCACAGCCCGUUCAGAAUUGGGGCACAGAGGAAGUUGCUGCUUGGCUGGAUCUGCUCAAUUUGGGAGAGUACAAAGAAAUCUUCAUCCGUCAUGACAUCAGAGGGGCUGAACUUUUGCAUCUGGAAAGACGAGAUCUGAAGGACCUGGGGAUACCGAAAGUGGGUCAUAUGAAGCGAAUUCUCCAGGGAAUUAAAGAGCUUGAAAGGAACCCUCCCAACUUGGUCUGAGGUGUGGUCGCGCUGGUGCUGUUUCCUGGAAGAGGAGUUCUCGGGACUCAGUACAGAGUUCUUGGAAGCCGCUGGCUGUUCUUGUGAUUUCCUGGUAGAUAAGCACCGCCGAAGCACCUCUCUGGAUUGAUGUUGUGCUGUGGGUGAAAGUUUUGAUUUAAGAUAUUAGACAAUAAUUUUUGUGCCAAAAAAGAAAACAAAAAAAAAACAAUUCAACCCAUUCCACAAAGCCAUUUCUUGUUGUGCAAACCUGACAUGCUAGGAAAUGCUUGCCGCAGUGAAAAGAGGGAGGACCGGAGACAGUUGCCGUGUCUAAAAGGUGGACUUUGCUUGCUCAUUGUCCAUCCUCCAUAGAGCUGGCUGACGGGAGGCCCUUCUGUGCUCCUGCAGCUGUGCUGACGGUGUGCAGUUGAAACUUCCCAGGCUUCCUUAGUGAAGGCAUUGGCUCCUUCCUAGAAACCACUGGGUCGGAGAUGAAGAUAGGAAUUGUGUUUUUGAGUCUUUUCAUACUAAGUUCCCAGUAUCCACUGGUCAAAGCAUAGGGUGAGACCAACCCAUCACAUGCUAUGAAUGAUGCAAAUUUAAUGCACGAUGUUCCUGCCUGAGUUGUCCUUCUUUUUCUUGCAUGUCAUAUAUAUUAUUGUAGCACUUCAAUAGCUUUAAUGUCUGUUAUAAUGAAAUUUAAUUUAUUACCACCCAGCUACCCAAGCACUUUUUGUUGGUUAUGGGCACAUUUCUUCAGUGUGGACUUUUGAGUAAAUAUUCCGUACUAAGACUCUCUGAACGUUCAUCUGUGCCAUGAUCAGCAAAUUUUAUAUAUAUAUAUCUUACACAAACCAAAUUUAUUUGCCUAUCCCAAACCAUGGGUAUAUGCAUUAAGAGACUUGUUGGGCAAUUUUCAUAAGCUUUACAUGUUCUGUUGCUUAAUAGAACUUAUUGCAACUUUCCAAACCCUCACAUUUUGUUCCCAAUUUUUCAUUUCAAUUUAAUAACCAUUUUGAGUUUCUGCUUGAAUUUGUAAAACUGUGGACAUCUAGGAAUUGUCCAAAGUCUCAGCUGAGAUUUGCACCCUGAGUUAUCUGAACUAGCUGAAGCAAUUAAUAACAUGAAUUCCCCAAUGGAAGAAAUUUAGUUUUGUUUCUUAAGGGCUUUUUGUAUUAUUAUCUCACAUACAUUUUGAUAGUCUACCAGGUAGAAAUUAUUUUCCUUUUUCUAAACCAUUAUAUGUCAAUGUUGCUCAAUAGAAUUACCAAGUAUUUGAAAGCCAAAGGUAUAUAUGUCAAAAAAGUAAAAAAUAUCUUUGUAAGUGUUUUCUGGUCAUUAUAUGCCAAAAAUCAAUUGGUCCAGCAGAUACAGUUUUGAUAGUAAUCUGCUAGGUACCCAGUAGAUAAAUACACACACACACACACACACACACACACACACACACACACACACACGUACACUUCCAUGCCCAUAUACCUUUGCCUAUAUAAAUGCACUUAUUCACAUGUUGUCUUGAGAUACAGUAUCCCUGAUACUUUCUAGACAAUCAUUUGCCCAAUUUUAUUUCUAACUUGGGUAUUUACUAGUAACAAAUAUCACAGAAUUUAGAUCUCUUUAAAAUAAAGGAGGACCUGGCCUGAAGUUCAGUGGCAGGGUGCUUACCGGGAACAGGCAGAGCUUGGCUCCACCCACAGCAGGGCAAAAACAAAAAAUUCUACAGACAAUCUUGAUGGGUUCCUGACCAUAUAAGUGUGUCUGACUAUAUAUUUUUUACCUAAGUUGCGCACAAUGGAAGUUUUCCAAAGAUAAUUCAUAUUGAGGCUUUUGAGCUGAUGAUCAGCCAAUCACUUAGUGAUUUUGAUGUUCUGCACACCUGUGAAGUUGAAGGUCUCCUUUGCAAUCUCUUUUGUAUACUGCCUGGUGAGUACCCUGCCAACACUUCCUGUGAAACCAGAUUAUCAGAGGCCAAAUUCCCAGAGGUCUCCCCAGAUCACUGUUCAGGAGAAAGGGCUAGGGGUGGGGAGGGACUCCAGCGUAAAGACCACUCCGGGUCUGUGUUAAUAUAGAAACCAUUAUUAGGUUUUCACCUGCCCCCAAAUACAUCUCUAUCAACACACACACACACACACACACACACACACACACACACACACACACACACGCAAUGUUCUAAUGGCUACUUCCCUAGGGGUGGGCAGUGAUUGGCUUUUCCUUUGUUUGGUAAUCUUUCCAGUUCCUUUUAUGUGUUCUGUAAAAUCCCAACUCAUGAAAACUUUCAUUAAGUAGAAUGGCUUUGGGAUAAUGGACAUCCUUUAAAAUGACAGUUUGGAUGAGCGGUUUUGUCCAAUGUGAACAUUUUUCUCUGUAAUCCAUGUUCGCAUGAAUCAGGGCUGGACGCCAGUGAGUUCAGCUUACCAGCAGUGUGCUCUCAGAGACUCCAUCGGUCUCUGCUAGUGUCAGAAAGAAACCAUCUCAUCCUAGGUAGGGUUUCAAAAAACGAGACAGUGGGGGAUGCCUCUCACUAACAUCCAGUCACAUCUGGGAUGCAGAGGAUGUGUCUCUGGUCCUUGCGUAAGUGGAAAGAGACGCUGACCUGUGCACCUGCCUGUCGCUUGCUCUUCUCUCCUCCAAAUUAUUUAAUGUUCGUUUGUCCUUCCCACCCCCAAAGGAAAGGAACAGAGUUAAGUUUAAGUAAAACUCCAGGUGACUCAUCCAUGUCUGCCCAAAUUCUCACUGCCUUCUGCUCCCCUUUCUCCAUUACCCCAUGAAACCUUUCACCUCCCCGAUUUUUAUUUUAAUGUCUCAGGUCAUUUAGCAACAUAUUGGAGGCAAUUAAAUACAUUUUAAGUUUGCUAGAUAGUUGAAACGUUAGGCCAUUUGGAGAUGUAUUGCUGUGGUGGAGGAAGAUGUGCUGUGGAUGUUCAGAUCUGUGCUCUCUGGUAUUUUAGCCUCUGGGUACCUGUGGCUAUUACAUUUAAGUUUAUUCUCACUAGAAACUUCAUUUAUUAAUUGCACUACCCACAUUUUGAGUGCCCUGUAACCACAGAUGUAGAACAUUUUCACCAUAGCAAAAAUACUCCACUUGACAGCAGGAGACAAGGUCACUGCUCCUGAAAAUGUGGUCCAUUGGCAGUCAACAUUACUGUUAUUCAGGAGCUUACAAAAAUUGCAGUCUUGGAGCUGACAAGAUGGUUCAGCGGGUCUGGCAACAAGUUUGAUGCCAGAUGCCACAUAAAAGUGGGAGGGAAAAAAAAAGCUCUUAUAGACUUGUCCUCUAGCCUCAAUAUGCCCACAAUGGUAUGCUCACCCACAUAUAUCAUGCAUACACACACAAUAAUAAAUAAAUACAAUUUUUGAAUGCAGAACCUCAGGUCCAUUCCAGGUCUGCUGAAUUCAAAUCUUCCUUUCAGUCAUAUCCCUCAGGCCUCUCUCCAGCCCUUAGAGACUUUAAGCUACCACUGAGCCAUCCACAUUUGCUCAGUUUCUUAUUCAUGUGAUACAUUCAGUUGCUUAUGACUUCAUUCACACUGAACAUUCCAGAAGAAUAUGUACUGAGAUGAAGAUUAGGCAGUCUCCUUCAACUUGUACAUUUUCAUUUUCUUGUAUCAGUAGAUUAUCCUGUUGCCAUAGUUCAUGCUUGAAGGCUCAUAGCAGCCCACUCACAUUAAAUGACUCAUUAGGUGUACAAAAGAACAAAAAAAGAUGAAUAAUCCAAAUGAUUUCAAGAAAAGUGAAUGUCAUUUAAACUUAAAAAUAUGCCUGAAAGCAGGCAUAUUUUGCUAGAUUUGGAUCUCUUUGUCUUGAUGCUAAUUUAUCUUGAUUUUCACAUGGUUCAUAAUCCCUUAAAAAUAGUUCCUGAAAAACAAUAUGUUCUUGGCCUCCAAACUCAAAUCGUUCAACUCUAUAAUGAGAUCUUUUCCCAGUGAUUCAUCGCCAGGAAUUUGACCCUUAAUUUUUAUAUUUUGAUGUAAAUUACCCAAACAUAACUUCCUAGCUACUUCGAUGUACAGGAAUCUUACUAUUUUUCAUUACAUGGGUUGUUUUGACAUGAAUUGACAAGCUAGGAACUGAGAAAUUAAAGGUGAUCCUUUGCAUCACUUCUAGAGCAAAUCACUUAGAGCUCCAGCUGAGCCAGUGAACUUUCUUUUUCCAAGGAUGCAUUCUUGGGGAUAUCAGUUUUCCCUUAGCUGUAGAAUCACUUCCUUUUCAGCUCUGACGUCUAGAAUCUCCCUCAGUUCCCCCACCUCAGUGGACAUAUCCUCUGUAGGUGUCAGUUGAUUUUCAAACACCAAACUCUCCCCAGGACAGGUGGGGAAAAGGGAAUUAGAAAAGAAACUUCCUCAAAGGGGACUGCUGGCUCAUGGGACAGCCUUGGCUAGUGGCUUCCCCAACUUGGCUGCCUGGCUUCCCCCGCCCCCCAAGCGUAGUGAGCCCUUCCUCUAGCUUGUUUCUGCUGUGGUGUCCUCAGUGGACUUUUGUGUUACAAUCUGCGUCAUAUUGGUCAUGAUGCCCUAGCAAGAGGGUUCCUUCUCAAAGAUGUAAGUAGAACUUUUAGAAAGGGAUAAUUAUUGUUUUUCUAUAAUAAGCAAAACGUUCUUUUUCUUUAUUGUUAUUUUCCCAGGUUUUGUUUAGAGAUGUUUAUGUUAGAGGUAGAUAUAGAAAGGUCUGUCGAUACAGAGAAUGGAGAGCUAAAGACAGCUGGACUGUACCUGCCUUUCUCCAUAGUUGUCUGUUUUUUUCAGGUAAAGCAAUUAGACAGAGUAGCCAAGACUGUAUUUACUCAAUAACAAUGCUUAGGAUAGACUCCACAUUAUAUAUUAUAGGUGAGCAACUCACUUCCUUUUAUGUAAUUUAAGAUAUUGUAUUUACAUUAUUUAAUAUACUCAUUUCUUGCACUUCCAAGUUUUAGCUGGAAAAUAAAAACCAAGCCACAGCUUUAAACUUAUUUAAAAAUCCAUGUAAAAAUAUUUCCUUCUAGCUGCAAGUUACAAAUUGUGUAAGACUUUGUGAAUAGUCUGGGUGUUUCUUACUAUCUAGAUUUCAAGAGUAAAUUAACCAACAGGACACAGGGUUACUUAUAAAAUGCAUUAAAGUAGACAUUUCAUACUCAAAGUAGGAUAAUGCAGUUAAAUAUGUAGGCAAACAGGGAAGGAGAAUGUGUUUUAUGACCCUUAGUGUUUGAUUGCUCUGCUGUUCCACACAGCCUAACCAUUCCUGCUUCUACAUUCUGAGUACUAAACACAUGAGCAGCUGGAGGCUGCCUUCAGUGCUGAUGAGAGCUAGCUGGUGAUGUGAGAGGUUUGGGUAUUACAGCACACCGAGUUUUGUGAGUUACAUAUUGUAUACUGAAGAUGACUAACACAUUGGAAUAAUAUAUUUAUCUAGAGCUGGCAAAUAUGAAAAUUAUUUUCAAGCCUUCAAGUAAAUUGCAUUGACUUUUCUCUUUCAGUGAGAUAAAAGUCACUUGUAUGUUUAAAUCUAUUUGUACAACAGCUGUCUCCUUUACUGGUAUUAUUGAUUUUCAUAUUACAACUUUUCUUACCUUUUUUUAUACCAAAAGAAUUAUCAUGCUGGUUAUUCAACCCUGCCAAGAUGUAUUUGAGUCUGCAAGACUUUUGGCAGAUAAAAUAUUUAAUAACAAGCCGAUAUAAAAGCUUUGUAUAUUUUGUGGCUUUCGGGACAAGAAUUGCACCUUGGAAUGUCUCUCUGACACAGUGCUGACAUCAGCACUGCCCCUUACAGGCAGUAUUACUUAGAGCCGGUUGUAUAAAUCAGUGCCCUUAUUUAUUAUGUUGUGAAAUGUACCCUUUAUACAGAAUACCUACUUCAGCUCCUUUUGUUCACUGCUGUUGCCUGGAGUGUGAUAGCUCUGUUAAUCGUUAACUUAUAUACUUGAAAUGCUCGUUUCUGACAAACAGAUGCCCAGUGUUUUCCUUCUUAAAAAAAAAAAAAAAAAAAAAAAAUCCCAUUUUCUUUCCUGUCUUAGGUAACAGUCAUAGGAACUUUUCUACAAAGUGGUUUUUAUAUCUAAAAAGGCACAAAGCAGAAAGCAAGCAUGAAAAUGAAUAAUAUAGUCAAGAGAUCUGUUAAGCUAUAUUUUUGCCCAACCUAUGUUAUGUCUUCAAUCUGUAACUCUUUUCUUGUAGUGGAUUUUUAGUUUUUGUGGUGGGGACAUGUCUGUGAUUGCACUGGCCAAUUCUGAUAAGCAUUGAAUCUUGAAUCCUCCCAAAGACCUCACACCUCUAAUGUCUACCCUUUGGUUCCAAAGUCUGUGCUUGUAAUCUGUUUCCUUGUGAUUUGGGGCUGCAAAUGGUAUCCAUGAUGGAUACUGUUAGCUUAUUUCUGUCAAAUAACGAGAAAGUUUAACUACGUUUUUCAUGAUUUCCCGUUUGGGAUUAUAUUCUUGACUCAACAAUUCAAAAACCCAAACAUUUCAAAUGCAUUUGUACAACAUACCAUGCAGAAUAAAAUCACUUGUUUUCAGGGAAGGAAACAAGGAUUUCUGUUUUCAAAAAUCCCACUGAAAGUUGUAAAUCAAAGAAAACACUUUAAUCCCUAAGUACAACUGUUUUCUAUUUAUGAUGUGAAUGAACAGCAGGUGAAUUGUAAGUUAUUUAAACAUACUAGGAAAUUAAGGAUUAGUUUGUUUUAAUGACAGAGCUUUAUAUUAUACUGUUGUAGGUGCAUUUAUUGAGGAUAGAAAAAAUGAGAAUAUGUUAGAAGCAUAGAUAAUUCAGGAACUUGUGGCAGGUUGGCAAGGCCUAGGAACAAAGAGUUUGAACACAUCUUUCAUGUUCUAUUGUGGGGCAGAGCACACAUGAAAUGUGUGACAUGGUGGGCAGUGCACCCCUGAAAGUGCCCCAUUGGUCAUGUCUGAAAUCCUUCCUAGAAGUUAGCUAAUUAACCCUCAGGGAGCCCAUUUUAUUGCAGAAAUUUAUAGGUUAGUUAGGAGGCACUUGGGGUGACCUAAUCUCCAAAACAUUUAGAACAGCUCCUGCAAAUGUUUAUUUCACAGGGUAGAGAUGUCUGUGCUUUCUCAACUCCACAAUAAACACAAUGGGAACCAGUCACAGGGGUUUAGAUAGUUCCUGUAAAGAACAUGAUAAAGGUGAUUCAUUCCAUACCAUGAACACCAAAGAAAUUUUCCUGAAUUUGCUGAGCCUUUGAAAUAUGUUAGCUGUGAUACGUUUUCCUUAUUACUUGUUUCUUUAUUUAUAGUAUUUAUGUAGAACUGACCUCUUGGAUCCUGAAGCGGUUCAUUCUGUUCCACCUUGUCAAUGGCUCAUUGUCUUUUUUACAACUAAUAUAUUUUGAUGCCUUGGGUUCCAGUUCGAAGAGUUGCCCCACAUUGCCAGUUACAAGUAAUUAAUCAUUUUUCUACUCUAAGAAAGGACAGAUAUCAGCAUGAGUCCUACCUUGAUUUACCAUUUCUUUCUCAGUGUCAUUUUAGUUAUAAAGAAAGGCAUUCCAGUUAUAACAUGGAAAAAAAAAAAAAAACCUAGUAACCCUUGACAUUCCAUUUAGACGUGGACAUGAAGGGCAGGUGGCUCAGGGGUGGAGUGCCUUGUUCUGCAAGUUUGAAGCCCUGAUUCAACUGGAACAUUGCAAGAGUAGAAACAAACAAACAACAACAACAAAAAGUGAAGUUGAAUGAGUCACAUCUGCCUGGAGUAGGGCAUGGGUCGUUUAAUCUACAUAGCAUUCAUUUCAGCUAGAAACUCACUCCUGAAAUCUUCAAACAUUUAGGGUCAUUUCAGGUUUUCUGUGUUCAUGUUAAAUGGCCAUUUUGUGGCGAUAAAGAGUUUUCAGCAAGGCUUUCACCUACUUCCUUAGGGUAAUUACCCCAAGAAGAGACCUCCUGAAAGCUCCAGCUUAGAAGUGAAGCAUCAGGAUUCUUUGCCAGCUUUCCCUGUGGUAUGACUCUCUUGAUAUUUCAACAUCUUCCAAAAUGGCAUCUUUGAUCUAGAUAGAGCACGGCCUCCUCACUACAUUCUCUGACUUGGAAUAGUAUCCCAUGGUGCAGUGUACCUCCAAAAACAUCCCACAGAGAAACAGAAGCAGAUGUCCGAAUUACUGCCACAGUGGAAAUCCAAGAGAAAUUCAUCAGAAAUCACUGCAAUUAAAAGACUGGGUUUAGCUUGUUAGCUGGGUGAGCUUGUUUUUCAUAGGACAUUUUGAUCUAAUGACUAGCUGAUUUUUCCUUUGUUUUUAGCCCGCUGGUGAAGAAGUAAUACUAGCUGAUUUCUGCUCUGAAAAGUUCUUUGUCAAACAUGGCAGUUUAUUACAGCAUAGCUUGAUAACUCAGAGCUCCUGUGGCCUCCCUCCCCCAAUAUUGGGAAUCUAGAAACGUCAACACUAUAUGACAUAAGGAAAAGAGACUAAAUUGGAAUUCAUCUGCAUGCUUUUUCUUUGAGUUUAUUUGUAUUUUGAGAUAUGGUCUCAACACAUGGUCCUAUCCCAGGCUGGCCUCAAACUCACUAUGUAGCUCAAGAUAACCUCCAAACUAUAAUUCUUUACCACAGCCUCCCAAUAACAUGUGGUUGUUAUUUCUCUAUCACAAUAGCGACAACUUAACUUUCAUGAUGGCUGAUCUCUAAAUGAUUAUUAGAGAAUGGUUUGGUACAUUGACUGAGAGAAUUCUUUUGCUCGAAUUUGUUCCCCCCAGAGACCUGCCCCAGAGUUCAUGCCGCGAUGGCUGACAUUCAGUGUAACUUCAGCACUUGUCUUAUUACAGAUGUCAGGUGAGAGGCCCCAGUGUUUUAAUGUGCAAGUGAGAAAGGUCUUGGUACCCACAGUUCUUUUGUUCCCUCAACAAAAGAACUUGAAAAGCCUUCAGAAAGAUGAUACUGUGUUUAUGACAAUUUAUGCAAAUUGUGUUUUCCUGACAAAUUUAAAAUGAAAUAUGGAACAAAACAAAUGGCUUCAUCCUAAUGGAGGUUUUAGAUUAUGCAAGUAAAUGAUUUUAUAGGUUGUCUUUGGUACUUACUGCAGAUAUAUAUAUAUAUAUUUCCAUCCCAGAAGUUCAAAUGGCAUCUUGAGUUCUGUGUCUCCCUAGUUGCACUAAAGUAACCACUGCCUUGUCUCUGUCUUCACCAUUUUUCUUUCCUGUUCUUUUGCUAAUUCUUCAGCAACCCAAUUUUCUACCUACAUUCUUUCUUCCUAGAGUACAGAGACACAAAUAUGUUCUGUCUUCUCUUUGCUAAAAGGCCUUGAGUAGGCUUUCCUAUCCCUUAGCAGCAUGGACUCUGGGACUUCUCCUCAAGAAUUCCUUACUGAGCAUGCUGCAUGGGGGCAAAGGGCUGAGUAGUGACUUCAGAACUGCCUGCCCUGCCACCCUGUAGGCAUCCUCCACCUUUCGUUAAUCUUUCUUAGCCCAGGAAUGUAGAAGAGCUCCAGUGAGUGGGUUCAGUACCUUGGCAUAGUGGCAUGCCACAGGUCAGCUCAUCCAAGGAACGGUGCAAAGUUAGUGUUCUGUGACACACUGUUGAAUAGCCUCCAACUUGUAAUGCUUUGCCUCAGCCUUCCUAUAGCAUGUUUUUAUUAGUUGUUUUUGUUAAUCCACCUCAAUGACAGCUUGACUAACUUUCAGGCCAGUAUUUCAUCCCAUGUUUCAUAUAUAUUAAAAGUUUUUCUAUUAAUAUCAUAUUCAGUUACACACACAGAGAGACACGCCUCUCCCACUGAAUUUCUCUAUUAUUUUUGUAGUCCCAGAGUCUAGCUAGUACAUAAUAGGACUUUGACUAAUGUUUUUGAACUAUAUUUUUAUACUGUCACAAAUAAAAACUCAGAACACCUUGAAAGUCUUGUGUUUGCAAAGACAUAUGCCUUCUGAGCAGACAAAUAGGAUGUCAACAGGCAAAAGGGAUUGUUUUGUCAAGGAUCAUCAUUUGUUAAUCACGUGUCUUUACAUCAGAAGUAUUUACCAGAUCUGAAUUCUUGUUUCCAAAAGUGGGACACAAAUUUCAACAGUGCUGCCAGAGUCUUGCUUGUACUCAUACACUUGCCCUACAGAUUGUCUUUCUAGUCUGUACACUCAGUAUUUAGAAUCUUCACAGACAAAUGUAAUUGAUUAUGAGACUUGGAAAAGAAUAAAAACCAAUAAUAAAAGUGAAAAUUUUAAAGCGGUGUUCACUCAAGAAGGCAGAGGUGAAAUGUGUAUGAUUUCAAGCCACUUACUGUUAAUGAUUAUUGUAUUACAAGUAUAGGAAGAUCUGUGGCUGUCAUUUCCCUUCUUAAAAAUAGAGAAUGAAAACUUUGCAGUUACCUCUGGGCCCAUUUUCCUUUGUGAUUCUCUGAAGCUGUUCUGCUAUGUCCCCAGAUAAUGAUAAAAGUUAGCACAGAGCUCUUUAAGUUAAAUUUCUCGAACGAACACUAGUCAGUGCAUAUAAUAAAAGUGCAGUGCUCUCUUCUAGGCACCUGGUAAACUUUCUCCUACCUGCUAUAACCUUGGCACUCACUUAGAUGCUGAAGAUGGAAAAAUAAGACAGGAUUCCUGUCUGGUAGAGUUUAAAUUUGUUCUCAAUUUGCUCUUCCUACAGUCUGUAUAAAGAAAUGAGGAGGAAUUUAAAAAAAAAAAAAAAAGUUUUUUCUCAGGUUAUUUCAAUCGAGUCUCCUCCCCACCUCCAAAACUAGCCAGAUCUGAGUCAUCAUGAAGCAAUCCCAUUUUUAUUUCUACAGCUGUAAGAUGUUCAUGUUGGCUAUGGUUCCGGCCAUGGCUGAUCAAGUGUGCGGUUCAUUAAUCCUGCACUACUCGACUUCUGCCACUAGAGGAGCUGUGCUGGACUCCAGUGUCCGAUUUAUAGAACAAGGGUGAAUCUCAGGUUUAUUUUGGGAAGGCAGAAAUUCAUGACAUUCAUAGCAAAAUGCAUGAGGGACAACAUUAUAAAUCUCCAGGGGAGGAUGGAGGUCACACUGUCAUGCUUCCUAGGAGAUGGGAAAGCUCUGUUUGAAGCUGCAGGUUGGUGUUAGCACCUUAGAUUAGCACCUUAGCUAUGGAGAACAAAGUAACGGCAUUUAACAGGUAGCACAUGUAUCUCAGCAUACAGUAAUACACUAGUAUUUGUACACCACAAGGUUCUGAUAUGUAGAUGAGACAGAGCAAACCUUUGAGUUAUGAUAUUGACUUCUACAUAUUUAUUGAUGGGUAGGCUAUAGGUUUCCUUUAUGAGAAAGAAGAAAUAAACUGUCUUUAUCUUUACUGUCAAUAAGGUUUCGAGGGGAGGGCUUUGUUGGUUUGUAUUUUCACAUUUCGAUAAGCACAUAUUAAAAAUCACUAUUUCCCAUCAUAUAAAAUACCAACCAUUUCUGUGUCCCUUAGAAAGAAAGGUCUCCACUUGAUAACUUUGUGCUUAGUGUAACUCUGUAAAAGGUCUACAAAGGAAGUGGACAGGGAAGGAAGUGGACAGGGAAGGAAGUGGACAGGGAAGGAAGUGGACAGGGAAGGCUGGGCACUGUAACCUUCUACCCAGUGCGUUCAUUUCACUUUCAAUAAAGAUAAUCAGAACUUCCCUCCUGUUACCAUCACGGUAAAAACCUAACGGCAUAGUUCCUUCUCCUCUGUAUGUUACAAAAGAUAGUUUUAAUUUAGUCUUGCCAUAUUUAUAGCUAAGAAUGUACUACAUUUUUGGUAGUCCGUUUUGAAAGUAAAUCCUUAUUUCUGAAAGAUGCAGAUCAAGUCUGCCUAUUUAUUACACAAUGGGCUCUGUUUGAUACAGAAAAGAGUGAAACUGUUAACCUGCUUAGCACACUUGCCAUUGAAAUAUACCUGACAGAGCAGAGGUUAUAACUUUGGCUCUAAUUACUUUUAAUAAUGAUAAGACGUGAGUUUUGUUUGUUUACAUGCUGUUUACAAUGGCAUAAUUUUUAAAAUCUAUAUGACAAUUGAGAUAUUUAUUGCAUACUAUUUUAAAGAUGUUUUAAUGUGUUUUCACCUUUGGAAUAUAUUGUUACAUUUCCUUGUACAGAUAAUUUGGGUGGCUUUGUUAAUGUAGCUAAUAAUUUUUAUGACUACUAAGUGACCAGUUUCGGUGCCUUCUAUUGUGGGAUGCAUGAUUAUGUAUUUAUUGUAAGGAAGUCACUGAUAUGUGUAUUUUUGUACUUUGCUGAGAGUAAUGGUUGGUGUACAUGAUGAGAGACGUCUUUCCCAAAGGGCACUGCCUUCAGAGCAACCUUCUCAAAUAAAAAAAAGACUGUGUUUGAA